CUCACAUUCAUGUCGCGACGAUCAUGGGUAUUGUCAGCCGCUUGAAGGGAGCAUUUCCUAGUGCGAACGCUACUAACGCCGCCGGACUUGUUGACAAACUAUCAACAGUGUUGCUAUUUGCAUUUGCUAAUUAUUGGUGGCGCUAUCGCAGGACAUUAAUAGCAAGGAUUUGGAGAUUUGUUAUUUAAAUGUCGAUUGGAAUUCGACACUGCUGGUGAACCUGAUUGUGGUCGCCAUCGUGUUAGUGAUGGCAAUGGUGCUGUUCGCCACCAUGACGUACCAAUGCGCCGCAACAUGGCGAUGGAUCAAGGAUAGAACGUGCCGGGACUAUAAUGGCGAUGGGGAUCCCUCCUCAACAAUGCACGCCGCCAUUCGCAUCAGCCACUCGCUGCCCGACAUGCAAUCCGAGCAGCUGCAAGAGGAAUACGUGCAGGAGCACAAGGAUAACAAAAAGGUCCUGCGCCAGACGACGCUGCCAAUCGUCCCGACGCGCCAUCAAACGUUUCAACGGCAAUUGUCGCAUCGACUGGACGUGGUCCCGACCCCGAUACAAUUCAGCAUUUGCAGCCUGGAGCACAAAAGCGAGUCGAGUCUAAUCGGAUUGAUCAAGCCGGAGUUGUACAAGAAGGAAUUAGUGCGCCAACCGUCAACGGACUCCAACGGCCCGGAUAUGGAAGUUAGCGGCAUGUUACAUUUCUCGUUACGUUAUGAUCGUGAGGUCGAAGGACUGGUUGUCAAGAUCUUCACCGCUCGAGACCUUCCUAUCAAGGACGUCACCGGCAGUAGCGAUCCCUAUAUCAAAGUCUACCUUUUGCCCGAUCGGAAAAAGAAGUUCCAGACCAAAGUGCACAGGAAGAAUCUCAACCCGAACUUCAACGAAACGUUUAUAUUCAGCGUGAGCGAGGAAGAUCUACGCUUCCGCUAUCUGCAGUUUUCCGUCUACGACUUUGACAGGUUCUCGCGGCACGAUCUAAUUGGCCACGUCGUCCUGAGAGGCCUCAUCGACUCAACGGACCUUCAGCAAGAGAUCGAAUACACAAUGAACGUUCUCUGUCCACCGCAGGAUAAAGUGGAUUUGGGGGAAUUGAUGCUCUCCUUGUGCUAUUUACCAACAGCCGGAAGGCUUACAUUGACGGUCAUUAAAGGGCGCAACUUGAAAGCAAUGGACAUCACCGGAAAGUCAGAUCCCUACGUCAAGGUGUACUUACUGUGUCAAGGUAAGCGUAUCAAGAAGAAGAAAACGUCCGUGAUGAAAAACACGCUGCAUCCGAUCUAUAACGAAGCGAUGGUGUUUGACGUGCCGUCGGAGAACAUUGAGGAUGUUUGCCUGAUCGUCAAAGUCAUCGAUUACGACAGGAUCGGAUCGAAUGAGUUAAUGGGUUGCACAGCAAUCGGAUCGAACUUUAUCGGCGUAGGCAAGGACCACUGGCUUGAGAUGCUAGACAACCCAAGGAAACCUGUUGCUCAAUGGUACGUCCUCACCGAAUCGAUUCCCGGCCACAUUCCCGAAGGCUUCUCCGAGGCGUUGCCAAUUAGCUUGAGCUGUUUGCACAGCAGGUGAACUUGUCACGUUCGUCAAGACGAACUUGUUUAACUGCUGCAUUGUGAAGAUCGCUCAUUGAGGCGAUAACUGAAAUUGUUUGGCGUUUGUUGUGCGCAAACAAACUUAUUAACUGUUGUGAUAGGAGUUGUGCACAGGUGGUGGGCUUUAUCAAGCGAUGAUCGCUGAUGAUACUGAUGUACGCAUGUAAUGUUUUAACAAAAGAUAUUAACCUACGUGUGUGUCCGCGUUCGAUUAGAUUUUGUAAUUUCGAGUCAAUUAAUGUUAGCAGUUAGACAUCUUUGUAUAUUGUUACAUUUUCGUUUCACAUGUCGCUCUUCCGACACGUUGACUACUGAUUUUCUAUCCUCGGUGGCCUAAUUAUUGCUCAACAUUUCUGGUGUGCUUGCAAUGGACAGCGCCAAGUUAUGAUAUCGCAUCGGGUACAAUCAACAUGAAUUAUUAAUGUCACCUGCGGUCGUGGGCCACAAUUACUGAUAUGGAUACGCGGAUAGCGAGCAUUUCGAUUUGAUGAUUUAAAUAUUAAUGAUUAUGUUGAUAGUAACAUAACAAAAAAAAACGCACAUUACCAUAUCUUUUUUUUUUGUUCGUUCUCUUUGUGUUAUAAAUAUUAUCUAAUAUUUCAGCGGUGACAUUUCUAAUAAUCUUUGAUAAUAAAUAAGGAUUGCGCAUCCAACAUAUCUAUGGAUUACACAUAUUACAAAACUAACUAAAAUAGUAUUAACACAAUGUGUGUGCUUACAAACAUGUAAUCCACCGAAUGUGACAAUUUUGUUAUGAAAUUGUAUACCGGAUAUUAAGUAUUAUUCUUGUAUGUAAAUGAAAAACAAAUUAAAAUAAAUUAUAAUUGUUACGAA